GGGGUCCGCCGUUUGAGCCGCGGCGUUGCUGCGUCGCUCUUCUCUCCAACCUGCAAGGCGAGAACUCGGCGAAGGCUAUUGCUGAGCGUGGGAAGAAAAGAUGUUCUGCUGAGCGGAAUCGGUUUCCUUCCCUCUGCAGGGAAAACCUUAGAGGCAGGCCAGCUCCAGGCAGCCGGGUCUUCUGCUUUGCAGGGAACACAGCUUGGUAGCGCUGAAGUCAGAGGCCGGCUGGGGGGCAUUUCCCUUUGGCGAGGGGUGGGUAGGCCAAGCAGGAAGAGUGUACCUCUCUCUCUCUCUCUCUCUCUCUCUGUCGGCCCACCCCCUCUCUCCCACAGAAAGUGUUUCAGAUGGCCUGUGUCCUGCUUUUCUUAGAUGCAGUUUUUGUUUCGUUUUGCGAGUUUUGUGUCCAGUAUGGCUCAUGGCCCAAAAAGUAAGAUGCGUUUUCCUUUUUCUCCUAAAACUCAUGUCAAGGUGUCCUUAGAGAUGGCUUCCCACAGGUUCCUGCUUUCCCAAGUCCAGGCCGAAGAAGCGAAUUGCUUGGCCCCAGUUGAUCGGCUCGGUGCCUGGUCUAGAAGAAGAUGCGCUUGGUCUGCCUCCACAAAAGCUGCAGAGGCCUGUUGCUUUGGAAAAGAGGAACCAGUUGGCACCCGUGGGGCGGUCAGGGUGGACCUGAGUGCCCUGUGGGAAGACGCGGAGGAGUACGAGAGACAGAGGUUUCGUUCCGAUGCGCUUCCUUUGGGAGAAACUCCCUGGCAGACUCUGUGCCGGCUGGGAGAGGCAGCCGAGAGAUGGCUAAGGCCGCAGGACCGCAGCAAAGGACAGCUUGUGGACGUGGUCAUCCUGGAGCAGUUUCUGCACGUGCUUCCUUUGGGGAUGCAGGCCUGGGUGAGAGCCAGGAAGCCGAGGAACAGCCAGGAGGCAGCGCAGCUGGCUGAAGCUUACCUGGAGCAACAGCGCCCCGUGUCUCUCCAGGAAGUGGCUGUAUAUUUCACCCAAGAGGAGUGGGACCUUCUAGAUGAGGAAGAAAGGAUCUUGUAUUACAAUGUUAUGCAAGAAAAUUCUGAGAACGUGGCCUCCUUAGAGCUCCUGAUAGCCAACCUCGACCCAUGUCACCAGCCCGAGUGGGAAGAAGAGCAACAGAUGGCUGAUCUCCAGGCAUUCAGAGGAAAGGACCCGAUUGCUGAAGGGGACGUGAACUGUGAGGACAUAGCUGUGCUUGAAAGUCUGGAUACAAGAAGGAAUCCUCAUCCAGAAGAGCCUGGAGCAGAGCAGCUUCACGAGCCAUUGCGCUGGGAUGUGUUCUUUGAUCCCAAAAGGUCUGAAGCAGUGGAGAUCAAGUCAGUAAGACAGCAGGGGCUAUUACCGGAGCUGACGCAAGCUUCUAAGGCUGACAAGAAAAUGCCCAGGAGUAGCUCCCAAAGAGGUACUACUCUGUCAAAAAGGAACUAUGCCUGUCCUGAGUGCGGGAGAAGCUUUGAUCGCCGUUCCAACUUAAUCAAACACCAGAGGAUCCACACAGGAGAAAAGCCAUAUCCAUGUAUGGAAUGCGGGAAAUGCUUUGACCAGCAGUCCAAUCUGAACGUCCAUCUAAGGGUCCAUACUGGAGAGAAACCAUAUGGCUGCCCUGAUUGUGGCAAAAGAUUUAGUGUCAAAUCUCAUUUACGUGGACAUUACAGGGUCCACACAGGGGAGAAACCAUAUGAAUGUGAAGACUGUAGGAAGAGCUUCCGUGUGAAAUCUUCCCUAAAUAAGCACCGGCGAACCCAUACAGGAGAUCCCAAGCUGUCCAGACCAACUGAGAUCAGAGCAGAAGGUCCCCGGGCAAUAUUACCAGAGCUGACACGGGUGCAUGCAGCUACUGAAACAAAAAAUAUCAUUGAACUUAUGAGUAGCAAGCCCCCAAUAGCAAUCAGAGUGUCAAAUAGGAAUUAUGCCUGUCCUGAGUGUGGGAAAAGUUUUAUUCGGCCAUCACACCUUAUUAAACACCAGAGGAUCCACACGGGGGAAAAGCCAUAUCCAUGUAUUGAAUGCGGGAAACGUUUUCAUCAGCAGUCUAACCUUAAUGUCCAUUUACGUCUCCAUACUGGAGAGAAACCUUUUGGCUGUCCUGAUUGUGGCAAAAGAUUCAAUGUCAAAUCCCAGCUGCGUGAACACUACAGCAUACACACAGGAGAGAAACCAUAUGAGUGUGAGGACUGUGGGAAGAGCUUCCGUGUGAAAUCUUCCCUAAACAAGCACCGGCGAGUCCACACAGGAGAAAAGCUACAUAAAUGUCUCUCCAGCCACACAGAAGCAGUGAAAAGGGGGCAGGAAUGGGCCCAGUCCCCUAAUGUUGUCCGUGGUGGAUUGGUGGUGAUUAUGGCAGUGCGGGAUCUCCCCUCCAGCAAAACAAGCCCAGGAAGUCCUGGCCUCUCCGCCUUUUUGGCAGCAGUUGAGAGGACAGUUCGUGCAGCUGCCAGGCAGUUGGUGCGCCCCAGCGGCACAUGGAAUGGAGCGACAGUCCUUGGCGGUUUCCUCCAACUGCUGGCAAGAUACGCCUGGCCUAACCCUAUGCAAGGCAGCUGCUGGCCAUGCCGGGCCUUCUUCCCAAGCCGCACAUGCUGUUCUCCAAACCUCAAGAACGGGCCCGUGAUUUGGAGAAUGGCAUGUGCGGCCUUGAGAAAAAGGCCUGGUGCAUCCAGCAGCUGCCUUGCAUGUGAAGAAGAUAGCAAAGGUCAGCUGGGUGUGGCAGGGCCAUCAGAGCGUGGGCUGCCUGGAGUUUUGCACUGUGGCACUGGAGUGGGUGGCCAUGGCACGGAGCUUGAGGUGGAACCCCUUGGUGGUGGCACCAGUGGUGCUGGGGCUGAAGUAGAGGCCUGGGGUGGUGGUGGCCAGCUGAGGCUGCUGCAGGCCCAGGGCCUCUACUUCAACCCCAGCACCACUGGCACCAUCACCAUUCAAAAGGAGGCAGUCCCUUACUUUAACCCGAAGAAGCUGCGAGCUUCCCUCUCCGCUGCGAGCGGCGGGCGGGAUUCCGGUUCUGUUUUCCGGCAGCCGGAUCUUCGGCUAAAAAGGCGUCUGGACACCCGGCUGAAGCCGGGCAGGUGGAAAGCGGGGGGGGGGGGUGUCCCCGUCCGCCCGCCCACCUGCCUGCAGUUCCAGCUUUCUCCAGCCGUUCCUAAGCCUCGUGAGGCUCUCCCGCCAGCGGGGCAAUUGGCCGGGUUGCGGGCGGGGGGCGCGGGGGGAGAACAGAGGAAGCGGAAGAGGAUUGCCGCUGCAGAGGCCUGUUGCUUUGGAAAAGAGGAACCGGUUGGCACCCAUGGGGCGGUCAGGGUGGACCUGAGUGCCCUGUGGGAAGACGCGGAGGAGUACGAGAGACAGAGGUUUCGUUCCGAUGCGCUUCCUUUGGGAGAAACUCCCUGGCAGACUCUGUGCCGGCUGGGAGAGGCAGCCGAGAGAUGGCUAAGGCCGCAGGACCGCAGCAAAGGACAGCUUGUGGAUGUGGUCAUCCUGGAGCAGUUUCUGCACGUGCUUCCUUUGGGGAUGCAGGCCUGGGUGAGAGCCAGGAAGCCGAGGAACAGCCAGGAGGCAGCGCAGCUGGCUGAAGCUUACCUGGAGCAACAGCGCCCCGUGUCUCUCCAGGAAGUGGCUGUAUAUUUCACCCAAGAGGAGUGGGACCUUCUAGAUGAGGAAGAAAGGAUCUUGUAUUACAAUGUUAUGCAAGAAAAUUCUGAGAACGUGGCCUCCUUAGAGCUCCUGAUAGCCAACCUCGACCCAUGUCACCAGCCCGAGUGGGAAGAAGAGCAACAGAUGGCUGAUCUCCAGGCAUUCAGAGGAAAGGACCCGAGUGCUGAAGGGGACGUGAACUGUGAGGACAUAGCUGUGCUUGGGGAAGAAAGGCUGUUUCACUUCCUUUGUCAGCAGCUCCUGCAGGCCGUGCUUUUUCCUCAUGAUUGCCCAAAAAUAUGUCCCGCGCCAAUGCCACUUGUGCGUAUGCUGCUGGCAAGGAUAAUUUUGCAUCGGAGAUUAACAAUAAGUUUCCUAUUGAAACUGAGACCCUGUGUUUUCCUUUCCCUUGCUUUGCCGGCCUGUUCCUUGUUACUUCUUUUGCCUCUGUCUUCAAAACAGAAUAUCCUUGUUGUUCUUGCAGAAAGUCUGGAUACAAGAAGGAAUCCUCAUCCAGAAGAGCCUGGAGCAGAGCAGCUUCACGAGCCAUUGCGCUGGGAUGUGUUCUUUGAUCCCAAAAGGUCUGAAGCAGUGGAGAUCAAGUCAGUAAGACAGCAGGGGCUAUUACCGGAGCUGACACAACCUUCUAAGGCUGACAAGAAAAUGCCCAGGAGUAGCUCCCAAAGAGGUACUACUCUGUCAAAAAGGAACUAUGCCUGUCCUGAGUGCGGGAGAAGCUUUGAUCGCCGUUCCAACUUAAUUAAGCACCAGAGGAUCCACACAGGAGAAAAGCCAUAUCCAUGUAUGGAAUGCGGGAAAUGCUUUGACCAGCAGUCCAAUCUGAACGUCCAUCUAAGGGUCCAUACUGGAGAGAAACCAUAUGGCUGCCCUGAUUGUGGCAAAAGAUUUAGUAUCAAAUCUCAUUUACAUGGACACUACAGGAUCCACACAGGGGAGAAACCAUAUGAGUGUGAGGACUGUGGGAAGAGCUUCCGUGUGAAAUCCGUCUUAAAUAAACACCGGCAAACCCACAGGAAUUAUGCCUGUUCUGAGUGUGGGAAAAGUUUUGAUCGGCCUUCACACCUUAUUAAACACCAGAGGAUCCACACGGGAGAAAAGCCAUAUCCAUGUAUUGAAUGCGGUAAACGUUUUCAUCAGCAGUCGAACCUUAAUGUCCAUUUACGUCUCCAUACUGGAGAGAAACCUUUUGGCUGUCCUGAUUGUGGCAAAAGAUUCAACGUCAAAUCCCAGCUACGUGAACACUACACCAUACACACAGGAGAGAAACCAUAUGAGUGUGAGGACUGUGGGAAGAGCUUCCGUGUGAAAUCUUCCCUAAACAAGCACCGGCGAACCCAUGCAGGAGAUCCCACCCUGUCCAAACCAACUGAGAUCAGAUCAGACAGUCCCCGGGCAAUAUUACCAGAGCUGACACGGGUGCAUGCAGCUACUGAAACAAAAAAUAUCAUUGAACUUAUGAGUUGCAAGCCCCCAAUAGCAGUCAGAGUGUCAAACAGGAAUUAUGCCUGUCCUGAGUGUGGGAAAAAUUUUGAUCGGCCUUCACACCUUAUAACACACAAGAGGAUCCAUACAGGGGAAAAGCCACAUCCAUGUAUUCAAUGUGGGAAAUGUUUUUGUAAGCAGUAUAACCUUAAUGUCCAUUUACGUCUCCAUACUGGAGAGAAACCUUUUGGCUGUCCUGAUUGUGGCAUAAGAUUCAACACCAAAUCCCAGCUACAUGGACAUUAUAGGGUCCACACAGGAGAGAGGCCUUAUGAAUGUGAAGACUGCGGGAAGAGAUUCUAUGUGAAAUCUGCCCUAAAUAAGCACCGGCAAACACAUAUAGGAAAUCCCAAACUGUCCAAACCAACUGAGAUCAAAUCAGAAGGUCCCCGGGCAAUAUUACCAGAGCUGACACAGGUGCAUGCAGCUCCUGAAACUGAAAAUGUCAUUAAACUUAUGAUUAGCAAGCCCCCAAUAGCAAUCAGAGUGUCAAACAGAAAUUAUGCCUGUCCUGAGUGUGGGAAAAAUUUUGAUUGGCCUUCACAUCUUAUUAAACACCAGAGGAUCCACACAGGGGAAAAGCCAUAUCCAUGUAUUGAAUGCGGGAAACGUUUUCAUCAGCAGUCGAACCUUAAUGUCCAUUUACGUCUCCAUACUGGAGAGAAACCUUUUGGCUGUCCUGAUUGUGGCAAAAGAUUCAACACCAAUUCCCAGCUACAUGGACAUUACAGGGUCCACACAGGAGAGAGGCCUUAUGAAUGUGAGGACUGUGGGAAGAGAUUCUAUGUGAAAUCUUCCCUAAACAAGCACCGGCGAGUCCACACAGGAGAAAAGCUACAUAAAUGUCUCUCCUGAGGAAAAACGUUCACCUGCAGCUCUAACCUAAUUAAACGCCAGGUCUCUCUGGAGGGAAACAUUACACGUGCUCUGAAUGUGGGGAAAAACCUUUGCAACAGAUCAGAUCUUAUGAAGCAGGAAAGAAUUCACACAGGAGAAGUUCCUUGGCCGUGUUCCUUUUGCCAGAAAGAAGCAUCCAAACAUCCAUACGGAAGAAAGGCCUUAUGGGGGCCUCCUUUGUGGGGAA